AGAGAGGGCGGGAAGGAGGGAGGGAGGGAGAAUGGUCACGGCCCGAUCCCUAGCUAGAUCGUCGUCUGGUCCCACGUGAGAGAACGUGUGUGUGUGUUGGUCGCCACAAGCCCGUCCACAACGUGUAUGUAUAUGUGUGUGCGAUGGCACGACGGGUAGGUAGGGAAAUCGCGUGGGUGGGAAACUGGGUGUGGAUGGUGUGUUCAAUGAGAGAAGUGAAAACAAGAAAAGUGCAAAGAGGCAGCGGCUUAGACAGCUUAUAUCAAUUUAGAGGCGAAGGGGAAGCAGGCAAAUAAUAAUUAAAUACACUCACAUUUGAUAAUCACUGAGAGGCUAAGACUAACUCAAUUAAUUAAAAGGCAGGCGUGAGGAAAGAGGGAUUAUCGCUCCGAGGAAAAAGAUCACCUCAUUGGGGAAAGAGAGAGAGAGAGAGAGAGAGAGAGAGAGAGAGAGAGAGAGAGAGAGAGAGAGAGCGCCUGUUACGCGGGUCCAUCCUCUCUCGAAGCGCGAUCUCGACAACCUUUAUUACGCGAGGAUCUUUCUGGGACGUUGCAAUUGUUUCUUUCUCUUUUCCGCACGUGUUUUGUUUCUUCUCUCUCCCUCAUCGAAUUCGCAUGCGAAUCGAUCGCGACCGGGUCGGUUAUUGUUGCCGUGAUCGUUGUCGUCAUCGCUUCGCCGAAAUGGACCUGCUGCAGGCGGGGGUGGCUCUCGGUCGGUCGGUUCGUAUGGUUUUUUUUUCUUUUUUCUUCAGAGUCGCGAUCUUGUAUGUCAGUCUGUACAAUAACGGUGUAACGGUUUUAUCUCCUAGUCGAUGUUUGCGUGAGAAGCGCAAAAAGGGGUGUGAGAACUGGAGAUUAUUAUUGUCCGUCGAUCUUUCGGCGCGAUUCGUCGUUCUCACAUUUUUUUCUCGCAAUCUUCUUUUCCGCGUUUCUUAUCUUUUUUAUUUUUAUUUUUUAAUCUGCAUAUACCAAAGGAUGAAUUUUUAUAUGUAUACACACACAUAUAUAUAUAUAUACAUAUAUAUAGUAGAUUAUGUCAAUUAAAACUGUAAUGUUCUCAGCUGAGCUUACACUCUCAGCUCGACUCUUACGGUUCAUGUUAAUUCACGUUUGUACAAAGUUAGUCGAUUUUUCCUCUCAUUGUAGACUUUCGAUAUUCCUAGGAAUAGGGAGAAAGAGUGAGAGAGAGGGGGGGGGAGAAAGAGAGAGAGAGAGAGAGAGAAAGAAAGAAAGAAGAAAGGGAAAGAGAGAGAGAGAGAGAGAAAGAGAAAAAAAGAGAGAAAAAGAGAGAAUUAUUGCGAUUUUCAUUCGUUUUCCGUUUGCAUCGGCGCGAUCGUUCUUUCGUCUCUCGCGACAAAAAGUCGGCGAGCAUCCUCUAAUCUUCGCAAACGUUAUCACAUCCUUUUCUGGCGAUCCAGGGCAGUUACAGAGAGCAGCGUGUCGCGACGCGCGCGCGGUUCCAGCACGUGGACGGUCCUCGGCCGGUCCUCUCGUGUACGCUCCGGGAUCCCUCGGCGACGUCUCUGAAGGCUCGUGAUCAGAUUGAAUCGCUGUUAACGAUGAGGACGAGAGGAGGGUUGAUGAAGGAAGAUCCAGCGACUGAUCUUGAGGCUCGUUGUUCAAAUUUUUAAUGGUGUUUAACGGCUGGGGGGCGGGAGGGAGGGAAAUUCGCUCACGUUCGUUGCCUUCGAUUAUUGUUGAACUUUUUAGAGUUAAGGUUGUUAAAAAGCGUUUCCACGUUGCCAAUCGUAGAGUGGGCGGGAAGGGGGGACAAGAGGUGAUGAAUGAGUUGGGAGGAGGGGGUGCUGUUGCGCGGCUUUUCGAGGGUACAAAAUAAAAAAAAAGAAAAUGGAAAAUAUACAACGUACAAGUCCCCGUAUAUUCGUACAAAAUUAGUGUUCAAAUUGUAAAAAGUGUUCAUAGUAAAAGGGAGACGUCGUGCCGCGAGGGAUCGAUCUUUCCGCGUGAGGACGACCGUGAUCCGCGCACACGUGCUGCGCGUAUCGUUGUAUAGUCGACUUUGGGAAUUUCAAAUUUCAUUUCCUGCGAUCCUCGGAAUUUAUUUAUUCAGAUUUCCCACGCAAGGAAAUGAGCGAGCGGAGGUUAAAGAAAAUUCUAUUUAUCCGAACCAGAUAGAUAAGUUCCGGGGAUCCGAAAACAGCCGGCGAUCGGAAUUGUGUGCCCCGAUUACGCCGGAGAUUUUUGUUAAUAUUUGUUAAAUUGUAUAUAUACAUAUAUAUUUAUAUAUACAGCGGAAAGUUUUAUAGUGUCGUUGUAACCUCUAAAUUUUAUAUAUAUAGUCGGGGGUUUUUUUUAUAUUUCCAAAUUUUAUAGUGUGCGCACGCGCGUUGAUAAUUUAUUGUAUUGUAACAUUCUAUAACGACGUGUUGAUGCCACUUCCAUCGUGUGUGUGUACGCGUAAUCGACGCAGAAAUCAACUCGAACGUACCUUUGCGUAUCUGCAACUGCCUUUUACCCGCUAAUCUCGAGGAGAGCGCAAGAACAAUUUGCGCUCUCCUGCGACCGUAACUUUCUCACGCUUUCAUCGCGGGUGCGAUGGUCUCGUCAGUUAGCUUAGAACAUGUCGGCUCGACCUGUUUUUAGUGGAUGGGUUUUAAAGAUUAGGCGUAUAUAUUAGAGGGGAAAUUGAGGAGAGGACGAGCGAGAGGGAGUCGUGGAAAAAAAAGAUUACAAUAUAGAGAGUAUAUAUUAUAAAUAUAUAAAUAUAUAUAUUAUAUAUUUAUGCGUGACUCUUGCAAGAAGGUGUCGUGUCGAAGUUUUUCUCAUCUCGUUUUUUCGUUUGUCCCUUUGCACGAGGGACCACCAGUCAAUAUAUAUCAAUUAUUCUUGUAAGUUUAUCGCGUGACUCUUACAAAGAGAAACCGAUCAUCGCGAAGGAAACAGUUAGAAAGACAAAGAGAGG